AUGGGACCCCCGCCUCCUCUUCCUGUCAACACUCCCUUCGCCCACAACCCGCUACGCGCGACGCUGGGGUUUGACAUUCAUCCUCUGUCGCCAUCCGACACGUCUUCGCCCGCCACGAGUCCCCCAAUCGCCUUCAGCCCGCGUCUCUUCCCCGACAACUCGCUCCCCACCUACCUCUCCUCGGCUUCGACUCCCUCGUCCGGGUCCACCUCGAGCGCAGGCGGGAUGCCUCCUCCGCCGACGCAGCAGUUUGGCUUCAAGGCGGACGCGGGCUCGUCGCCUGUGCCGGUCGGGAGAGGCGGGAUGGGUGGACCUGCCGGGACGGUGGGAGCGGGGAUCGACCCUUCUGUCCUCUUUGGACUGGGCCAGCCUGCCUCUGGCGGAUACGGCUCGUUUGGUAUGGGCAUGGGAUCGUAUGGCGGGCCGUCGAGCGUGCUGAGCGACGCCGACCUUGACUUGGAGAACAUGAUCGCUUCUUUCGGCAACGGGACGAACGGUGGACACGGACACAACGGUCAUGCCGGACAUGCGAGUUGGGCAGGAGACGCAGCGGUUGCGAACGGGCUCCUUGGACUGGCCUCGCAUGCGCCGAACAACCCUUCUCUCCAGGCUUUCGCCUCGCCGCAGAUGCACCACGCUCCUUCGCCCACUGCACACUCCCGCGCGGCAGCCUCGCCGACCGAAGAACGCGAUUAUGGCUCGCUUGGGAGCGGGCGUCGACGCGGCAGCGAAGGUUUCGGCUCUCCCCCUCCAUCCCGCCACCCUCCUCCUUCUGCUACCAACUCUUCUAAGCGCUCGACCUCGACCGAGCGAACCGGUCGCGUCGGCCGCUCGAGCGGUAUCGGCAAAGCGCCGAGGCAGACGAGCCGGAGUCGAAGCGCUCGCAGGUCGGCGAAUGCGGCUGGCUAUCAGGACAGGCCGUCGCCCGGCGGCAAGGAAGGCGAGAGGGCCACUUCCUCCGGUGGAGGUACGCCCGCAGUUACGCCUGGCGCAGGCGGUAUGCCAGCUACGUCGUCUGCACACGGAACGGUGGCCAUCGUCAUCCCCUCUUCCUCCGCCUCCAUGACCAUACCCACUUCGCCCGGCGCAAACCACCUCUCGCGCUCCUUCGGCCACUCCCACCACGCCUACGCCAUGUCGCUCCCAACCUACCCUUCGGCAGCUGGCACCCCCUCCUCCGUCCCAACAGCCGGCUCGUGGUUCCCUCAAGCACACCAACACUCGUCCUUUGCCGCAUCAGGCUCAACAGGCGCGUUUGCAUCGCCUCAUGUCCCGCCGACCUCGCUUGCGAUCGGGAGUCCGACGUCGCCGCGUGCGGAUCCGCUGACGGGUUGGAGGCCCUCGAGCGGGGUGGGAAUGCCGGCUUCGGCGCCGGCGGGGAUGACGAGUGCGUCGGGAAGCUUGGGGGUCAGUGUGAGCUCGGCGGGCGGGUCGAGGAAGAACAAGGGGUUGGAGGACGUACUGGAGGAAGAGGCGGAUAGCAGAGGCGACCCCAUCUCGGAGAAGCGACGCAAGCGCCGCGAAUCGCACAAUGCCGUCGAGCGUCGCCGGCGGGACAACAUCAACGACCGAAUCUCCGAGCUCUCCGCUCUCCUCCCUCCCGCCCUCCUUCUAGGCCAAUCGCUCGACCCCGCCGCCGCGCUCAACCCAGACCAAGCAGCGGACGAGGGACCUGCCAGUCCGGCGAUUGGCGCGUUGAGCCUCAUGAGCCCGAUGCCGGGGACGAGUGGGAGUCCGCCUGGGCCUGGGUUUGCGGCGGGCCCUGGUGGAGCAGCAGGGACGCCGCAGAAGCCGAAUAAGGGAGUGGUGUUGGCUAAGAGCGUCGAGUACAUUCGCUACCUUCAACAAGUCGUCGAGUUGCAGCAGCAGCAGACUGCCGAACUGAUGCGCCAGAACACGCUCCUCCGCCAGUCUCUCUCCUCGGGCACCGGUUCCUCGCCCGAAGACCGUCCCUCCGUCUUUGCGCAUGUCCCGCCUCAGCCGCCCUCGUUCCCUCCGUCAACAACGACCGCGAGCUCGGCAACGUCGCCUGGACAGGUAGCCGCGGGCCAUAUGAGCAUGGCAGCGGACGAAGGCGAGCGGCGCAGUAAUUCUGGCACGGCCUUCCUCGACUAUGUCGAUGACGAGGCCGAGCAGGGCGGCGAGGGAGAGGCGAGGCAGAGGGGUUGGACGCCCCUGCUUGAUGCGGGCGGGAUGCACGUCCUCAAGUCGGAGGAGGACGCGGACGACAUGGACGAGUCGUGA